AUGUCUGGAACUUAUAAGCCAACUGGUGAGUCUUCCUCCGUAUCCUCAUCUACAUAUCCUCCCUCAAAAGAACCUGGAAAGAGAACAAAUAUCUAACAAUCCCACGGAACAUGGAGGCCUCAAGGAGGACGGAACACCAGACAAGCGUGUCGGAACCGGAGGUAUUUACCCACUUCCAUCUCCAGCCCAACCCAUCACCAUAAACUAACACCCCACAGAAUUCGCACAAGGCAAAGUCGACCCCGUCGAAGCCGGAAAGAUGGGCGGCCACGCCUCCGGCGGGUCUUCAGACAACAGCAACAACGAUAUGGACAUGAGCUCCUCGACCGGAAAGCAAGGCAGCAACCCAGGCCGUAAGUUGUGCCUUUUUCACACUCCUACCUAGGAUUCUAGGUCACGAAUGGAGCUGAAGAUGUAAAUAUUUGGUUUUACUGUUGUUGUUUGCUGAUUUAAUGUGUUUUCAUACAGAAUUUGCUCAUGGCAAGGUUGAUCCUCAUGAGGCCGGGAAGAAGGGUGGAAAGAUGUCUUCUUAGAUGGAGAUUGCGAGAAUAAUAUUACAGAUUGAGG